CGACGCCAACCAAUAAUAUCCUUUCUCUUCUGUGUAAACAAAAGUGAACAGUGACUUAGAACAAUUUCCACAUUAGCGUUUUUAUUGUUGUUAUUUAGACGUUUAUUAACACCCUAUAACUUAAAAUAUGACUAAUUUAGCUGCACAACUUCACAUACUUACCCCCAGGUAGUGUUUAAUUCACGUUGGAGACAGGACUUGGUUGAUAGAUGUUAUCUAGGUCACGCUAGCUAGCGAACAAUGGCUAAUGUUAAAUUUAUGGUUUUUCACACUCAAAUAGCCUCCAUCAUGGAGGUUCUAGCGAAUGCAGCCGUGGAAGAUAUCUGCAAACUCGUAGACGACGACUAUGCAGUGUUUCGUUUGGAAAUAACUCAAAGCCAGAAAGAAAACCGGGUAUUGCGGAGGAAACUACAGCUUCAGGAACUGAAGGUAUCACGGGAGCGCUUCCUCUCCAGUCGUCCCAGAAAUGUCAAGAUCCUUGACAACAGACACAGAGGAAUGGCUAGAGGUGAAGGACAUCUCACUGGAGGCCAUAGGCGCUUUGUGAAGCCAGCGGGACACGCGUGGAGAGAUGACCAACCCAUAUCUAUAGAUGAGGGGAGUGGAACCUCAACCAGGCAUGUUAUCAUGAUAAAGUCUGCAGAUGCAGAGGCUGCAGGUCCUGGGGUCAAGCAGGAGACGUCUGAAGGAGAGGAGGACCAACGGCACAGCAGAGACAUCCAGACUGGAGACCCUACCAUCGCUCCAGCGCCGCCCAGGAUCCAAAGCAGCAUCACGGAGGUCAGUGGAAUGCCGAACGCCGUCCUCAAGUCAGAGACAGACACAGAGACUUUAACUGUACCAUACAGGCUCUUACACACAGGAUCUGACCACAGAUCAGACCCAGUGGGGCUUGAGCGACUGGGCUGUCCUCCUGCUCCUGGCUCAGAGUAUUUACCAGUAUUUCACCAGAGCGAGAGGACGGUUAAUUCCCAUGGAGAUGAUGAUGGUGACACGUUAGACACUGGUGGUGCUUCAUCUUGUUCUUACGCUACAGAGAUGGACCCUGUCAACAUAUCCUUGGGUUUAGAGAGACAGAUUGAUCUGUCUAGAGGGGACUGGAACCGGUACAGUAGUGGUGUAUACUCUGAAGGGUGCCUAGAUAAGAAAGGGGAGGUUAUAGUGGUAGAUGAGGUGAAAGUGGAGGGCAACGCUCCUCUGACAUGGAAUGCAGAUGAGACUCACUUAGAAGGACACUCACAAGGCAGAGAUUUCUUAGAUUACACGGAUAACUUAGAGACGACCCACUCCCCUCCACAUGCUUUCAGGGAUCGCAACCCAGUGUCCACGUCAAUGGGGCCUUCCGAUUCACACAGCCGGGUCCUUUUCGAUCAAGUAUUGAACUCAAACGACAGGGCUACAGCCCAGACUCAGGGAGGGGGAGCCACAUCAGGCAAUAUCAAAGAGAAGCGGUUCCUCUGCAUGUUCUGUAACAAAGGCUUCAGCUGCCCCCAGAAGGUAGAGAUCCACCAGAGGGUCCACACAGGGGUGAAACCAUUCAGCUGUACCCAGUGUCACAUGCGCUUUGCUGAGGCUGGCAGCCUGAAGAGGCACCAGAGGGUCCACACAGGAGAGAAACCCUUCAGCUGUACCCAGUGUCAUAUGUGCUUCUCCCACUCUUUCAGCCUGAAAAGGCACCAAAGGGUCCACACAGGUGACAAAUCAUACAGCUGCCCCCAGUGUGAGAAGAGCUUCACCCACCAGAACCAGCUGAAGAUGCACCUGAAGGUCCACAUGGGAGAAAGGCCGUUUGCCUGUAUGCACUGCGGGAAGAGGUUCUCAGAGAGGAGCUACCUCCGGAUACACCAGCAGAAAAAACAUUCCACUUUAUAACAUAGAAAGUACCCAUUCCACUCGAUAGCUUCUGACUUUUUGAUCAAACCUUGCAUUAAAGACAGAUUCAUUUUCAUUGUCUGCAGAAAAGAUCCCCAGAUGCAUUUGGAAUAAUGAAAGUAACAGAUCUGUGUUGAAUAUUCCUGGGUAGAAUAUUGCAUACAGACAUUGUUUGAUAUAUGACAUGUACACCCCUCACAUUUUUGUAAAUAUUUGAGUAUAUCUUUUCAUGUGACAACACUGAAGAAAUGACACUUUGCUACAAUGUAAAGUAGUGUGUACAGCUUGUAUAACAGUGUACAUUUGCU